UCCUCGCCUCGUUGGAGACGGAGGGAGGUGGUGGUGUGGGAUUAACCGUCUAGCUUAGUUGUAGAACUAUUAUCCUUUGCAGCACGCCUAGUUUGUUCCCCUGCAACUGGGGUUUAGCAUCUCCCUGCUUUGUUUUCAUUGCGGUGUUGAGUUCACCUGUAGAAUCUCUUCAUUCAGAAAGAACCCGAUGCAGAGAGAGCGAACGGCUGGAAAUAACUGUCAGAAUUAUUCUAUGAAAAUCGUGGAGGGGAAGAAAUGAGGAUUGAAAACCUAUCUGCCUUUGCUUAGCUUUCUAACCUGUUCUUGCCUGCCUACUCCUCAAGAAGACUACUACAAUGGCAGAUCCUUCAGUGGUGGAUCACCUGACAAGACUGAGACUCAAACUCCUAGAAAAGAGACUAGAAAACGAACAGGAGAACCUAGAGAAGAUGGAGUUGCCUCUCCCAGCAGCAAGGAACAGACGUGAGGAUAUGCUACAAAGUGCCCUAAGGCGAAGGAAAGAUCUCCUGCAGGAGCUAAGGGAGCAGCACCUUCUGGAAGAGCUUUCACAGCCCCCUGCACCAGCUGGAGGACAUUGCCACAACCACAGAGCUGCUGCCCCACACAUCUACCAGAUACCUUUUCCAGCUCCAGAGGAGCCACCAAAGAUUAUCCAGCAGAUGAUGCCGCCUCAGCCUGCCACCAUCAUCCAGCAGUUACCUCAGCAGCAGUCUCCCCUGAUCACACAGAUCCCCCCUGCCCAACCUUUUGCAGCCCCCCGCUCUGGAAGCAUUAAAGAAGAUAUGGUAGAGAUGAUGCUGAUGCAGAACGCUCAGAUGCACCAGAUUAUCAUGCAGAACAUGAUGCUGAAGGCUCUGCCGCCGAUGGCAUUCACACAGCCUGUGGGAACCAGCCCUCCCCUGCUUCAGUGUGCACAGCAGGACCUGCAGGUUCCUGCUCCCCUGGCUGUGAAAGCAGACAGGCCCAGGCCAUCCGUGGUGCACCACCACCACUACCCUGCCACAGGGAUGCUCCCAGUGCCCCGCGAGCAACUCCCAUCCACAUCCACAGCGCAUCACUGGACCAGCAGCACGAUCCCUGCCCUGCCCACGUGGCCCACAUACUGA